AUGGGUUCGUUAUCCACUCUUCCCGACGAGGAGUUCAUCUUCCGCUCCAAGCUCCCUGACAUCACAAUCCCCGACCAGCUGCCGCUGCAUGACUACUGCUUCGAGAGGAUCGCCGCCGUUGCCGACCGACCAUGCAUAGUCUACGGCCCUUCGGGCGUUGUGUACACCUAUGCGGAGGUGCAGCUGACGGCGCGCCGGGUGGCCGCCGGCCUCCACCGGUUGGGCAUCCGCCGCGGAGACGUCAUUAUGCUGCUGUUGACCAACUCGCCGGAGUUCGCCUUCAGUUUCCUCGGCGCGUCCUACGCCGGCGCGACGACGACUACCGCGAACCCUCUGUACACUUCGUCGGAGAUCCUCAAGCAGAUCCAGACGGCCGGGGUGAAGCUAGUGGUGACGCAGUCUAGCUUCGUCGACAAGGUCCGAGACAGCGGGGUGAAGAUUGUGUGCACCGACGACUCGGCCGCUCAGGGGUGCCUGCACUUCUCGGAACUGGCCUCGGCGGCGGAGAUGCCGUCGGUGGAGGUGCGGCCCGACGACGUGGUAGCGCUGCCGUACUCCUCGGGGACGACGGGGCUGCCGAAGGGGGUGAUGCUGAGCCACCGGUCGCUGGUGGCGAGCAUCGCGCAGCAGCUGGAAGGGGAGAACCCUAACCUGUGGUUCCGGGGAGACGACGUGCUGCUGUGCGCGCUGCCGCUGUUCCACAUCUACUCGCUGAACACGGUGCUGCUGUGCGCGCUGCGGGCGGGGGCGACCAUCGUCAUCAUGCCGAGGUUCGAGCUGGUGGCAAUGAUGGAGCUGGUGGAGCGCCACCGUGUGACCAUCGCGCCCUUCGUGCCGCCCAUCAUUCUGGCCCUCUCCAAGUGCCCACGAGUCGAGGAAUACGACCUCUCUUCCAUACGCAUGGUUAUGUACGGCGCGGCACCCAUCUCCAAGGACCUCGAAGAUGCCCUCCAAUCUAAGAUCCCCGACGCGAGGUUCGGUCAGGUACAUAAACUCUCUCUCUCUCUCUCUCUCUCCUAUCUCCCCAUGUCUGUAUGGGCUAAUUCGAAUCUGACGAGGGGAGAUUAACUGCGUCGAAUGAAAUCAUCCAGGGCUACGGGAUGACAGAAGCGGGGGCCCUCUCCAUGAGCCUCGGAUUCGCCAAGGAGCCGUUCAGGACCAAGCAGGGGUCCUGCGGGACCGUCGUCAGGAACGCCGAGCUCAAGGUCGUCGACCCCGACUCUGGCGCGUCCCUCCGCCGGAACGAAGCGGGAGAGAUUUGCAUCAAGGGGCCCCAGAUCAUGAAAGGUGCACCAAAGUCAACGGGCCUGAACUUCCACAGAAGCUCUUUCCUCUCUCUUUCUCUCUCCCUGAAGCUUGAAGCCGCUUUGAUUUUUUUUUUUCUUCCGAGAAUUUGUCCGCAUUUUCCGCGGCGUCACAUCGCUUCUGCUACGCAGGCUACCUGAACGACCCGGAGGCGACGGCGAGGACCAUCGACGGCAAAGGGUGGCUGCACACCGGAGAUAUUGGAUACGUUGAUGACGAGGAUGAGAUCUUUAUCGUCGACCGGCUCAAGGAGCUCAUAAAAUACAAGGGCUUCCAGGUGCCCCCUGCAGAGCUCGAGGCGUUGCUCCUCUCCCACCCCGCCGUCGCCGAUGCCGCCGUCGUCCCGUAAGACUCUCGCGCCUAUGAAUUAUUCGAAUCUUCGGAUUAUAAUGAGAUUCAUCUCUAUAUUUUAUUCGAUAAUCAUCGAUUAAUAUCAUUUUUUUCUAAAUAGGAUGAAAGACGAAGCUGCCGGAGAAGUCCCAGUGGCCUUCGUCGUGCGAUCAAGCGGUUCCGGCGUCACGGAGGAGGAGAUCAAGCUGUUCAUCUCUCAACAGGUGAUCACUCCGUUUCCUUUCUGAUUGCUACGUCUCACCGGCAGUGGGUAGAGUCUUUGAGCGAGAUGGUGAUCGCUGCAGGUGGUGUUUUAUAAGAGGAUUAGGCGAGUAUUCUUCGUUGAUGUCAUCCCAAAGGCGCCGUCCGGCAAGAUCCUGAGGAAGGGAUUCAAGGAGAAGCUUGCGGCUGGAUUUGCUGACAUGGCACAAUGCUGA